GCUCUUCUCCCUCCCCCUCCCCCAUGGGCAGUGGCACCGACUGACCGACAGAAGCAGGUGCUUUGGAGGUGGGGGCGGUGCCAGCAGCCAAGGGGUUAAUGGUCCUGGCAGGGGCUCGGUGGAUCGCAAGGGUCAGAUGUCCCUCCUGGAUAGGGACAGGCACAGGCACGCAAGCUGCUAUUCCGGGGCUCUGAUCACCGUCACCUAUUUAUAGAGCUGGGGGGGACUCGGCCCUCCCCACACAGGCGGUGGAGAGGCUGCUCUGCUGCAAUGUCACCAGCGUCACUGCCACUGCAGCCUGCUGGCAUCUGCCGCUGCUGCAGGCUCCGGGGCCACCAGGCACUGUGUGAAGCAGAGACGCGGCCGGCCACAUGGGCAGCACCAUGGAGCCCCCCGGGGGUGGGUACCUGCACCUGGGCGCUGUGACAUCACCAGUGGGCACAGCCCGUGUGCUGCAGCUGGCCUUUGGCUGCACCACCUUCAGCCUGGUGGCCCACCGAGGCGGCUUUGAUGGCGUCCAGGGCACCUUCUGCAUGGCCGCCUGGGGCUUCUGCUUCGCGCUCUCGGUCCUGGUGGUGGCUUGUGAGUUCACCCGGCUGCACAGCUGCCUGCGCCUGUCCUGGGGAAACUUCACAGCAGCCUUUGCCAUGCUGGCCACGCUGCUGUCCGCCACAGCUGCGGUCAUCUACCCACUGUACUUCACCCAGCUGGAGUGCCCACCCGAGCCCGCGGGCUGCACAGCCAGGGACUUCCGCCUAGCAGCCAGCAUCUUCGCCGGGCUCCUCUUCCUGGCCUAUGCCACGGAGGUGGCCCUGACCCGGGCCCGGCCAGGCCAGGUGGCCAGCUACAUGGCCACAGUGUCGGGACUCCUCAAGAUCGUCCAGGCCUUUGUGGCCUGCAUCAUAUUUGGGGCGCUGGUCCAUGACAGCCGCUACGGGCGCUACGUGGCCACCCAGUGGUGUGUGGCCGUCUACAGCCUGUGCUUCCUGGCCACAGUGGCCGUGGUGGCCCUGAGCGUGAUGGGCCACACGGGGGGCCUGGGCUGCCCCUUCGACCGUGUAGUGGUGGUGUACACCUUCCUGGCUGUGCUCCUCUACCUCAGCGCUGCAGUGAUCUGGCCCGUCUUCUGCUUCGACCCCAAGUACGGUGAGCCUGGGCGCCCCCCCGACUGCCUGAGGGGCAGCUGCCCCUGGGACAGCCAGCUGGUGGUGGCCACCUUCACCUAUGUCAACCUGCUCCUCUACGUCGCUGACCUGGCCUACUCCCAGAGGAUCCGCUUCGUGCCUACCUUGUAGCCCGACAGGCAGCGGCCCACCCACCUCUGCUCUCCAUGGGCUCAGGCACCGUGAGGGGACCCAGGUGAACCCAGACCUCCAGGGACAAGCCGGAGGGAGGCAGCCAGUAGAGCCAUGGCUGGGCUUCUGGCCGUGCUCAGCAGCUCAGCUCAGGGAGGGGCGGAGGGGGGACAGAACAGGUCUCGGAGCCCUGAACAGGUCACGGGGAAGGAGUCUCUGCCAGGCAACUCCCAGCCCCUCUCUCUCCCUCUCUGUCUAUCUCUCUGUCUUUGUCUCUGUCUGUCUCUCUCCAUCUCUCUUAUUUGCUGGCACACCCUGCCUCAGUGCUGGCCACUGUAACACAUGAGAAGACUUUGAAGCAGGCGCUGUUGUGACCCACUUUGCAGAUGGGGACCCUGAGGCUAGGGUUAAGAAGUUGGCUCCAAGCGUCCACAAAUGUCUGGAGACCACAUUUGGGCUGAGUAAACUAAGUAGUGUGGAAAAGGAGCGUGGUGAGCCUGCACUUCCUCUAGCCUUGAAGGGGCAGUUCCUGGAACCCUGGAAGGACAGCUAUCCAAGCAGGGCCCUGCUGGGGCAUCUGUGCCAACUCGAGGAGGAGCUGGGAAUCAGGACCCCACCUUGCCGCCUCUGAGUGGCCACAGCUUUGGAAGCUGAGCAAGGACUCUGGUGUGGUCACACAGGGCAGCCUCAGCAAGCUGGAGACAGUGCAGGCUUGGAGGGACCCAUGGGGCCGGCAACACUGACAAGAGCAGAGCAUGCUAAGGAGAAGCUGGGUUCCCACCCAGGCAGGGAGCCACCACUGGGCCCCUGCUGUCUGCCUCGACGCGGCAGCUUCUGCAGUGCCUGCCAUGGGCCCCGGGGGGCUGGCCUAGGGCAGCCCUGACCCAGGGGAGGACCAGUCUGGGGCAGCCACUGGGCACCAGGCAUCACCCUGGUGCUCACAGGCCCACCACCUCUGUUCAAGUGUUCAUUUGCCUGGCUGCCAACCACGAGGGCCUGCUGGGGCCAUUGCCCUCCACACUCCAGGCAGCUUCUCCCACUCAAGAACCCAGACUGGGCCAGCCCAGAGCAGCCCACUAGCUGCUGAAGCACAACAGCCGCUCAGCCCAUAGACUGGCCCCUGGCCUUGAGCAGAAAAUAAACACCAACGCUGAUUUGCAUGGAGAAGUUUCUGCUUAGGGGGUGGUAGCCAGAGGGGGUGGUGGCCAGCUGUACCUCCUGGGCCAUCCACCAGCAUGUUCCCAGAGAAGAGCCUAGACUGGGCUUGGCUGAGGAAGGAGGCAGCUGUGGGAGGGCUGGGGCACUCUGGGGGUAAGAGUGGUCUCCUGAGGAAGUAGUGUCCUCUCCCCAGGUGGGUGACAGCAAGGGGAGGAUGGGGGUGGGGAGCUCUCGGCACUCACCACCACCGCCAGGGUUUCCAAGGGCCCUGGGCAUAGCAGUGGGCAGAAGGGCUGCUACACCCGUGGCAGCAAAGCCCAAGCAGCUGUUAGGCACGGGGUCCAAGGGCUCCCUGUGCUGGCGCCAUGCACAGUGUGAGAGAAGUGGCCCGCCCGCCCACUGGGGAGGGCACACGCACAGGGGUCCUUUACCUGGAGAGGCCCGUCUUCAGCAGCAGAUCCCUGAGGGGGCAGGGACCCCUGUGUCCUGAGGUGUCCUGAGGGCCC